CUCCUCUUGUGUUUUAGGCAGCUGCUGGUCGAGUGAGUCCGCAUUCAGAGUUCUGUUUGGGUCGACACGCGAUGGCGGCGAUGGGACGACUGGUGCUGGUUCUGGCUUUAUUAGUGAGCGUCCACUGUGAAGUGAGAGCCCGAGACCCCGACAUUGUAGAAGACGAGGAGGAGCAGGGAGCAUCACAAGGAGGAUCAGCAGCAGGAGCACCUCCUCACCUCCACAGGCUUCACCCCAGGGCUACGACCCCACCAGGAGAAGGAGGGAUCCACCCCGCCCGGUCCGGGAAUUGGUGUACGUUUGUGCACCAGCGGGUGAUCACUAUGGCGGCGGUGUGUGGAUCAGAGACAUACACUGUCAAGUCCCAGAGUCCCUGUCCAAGUGGCACGCCAGACUGUCAGCUGGUCAUGUACAAAUUGUCCACGCGGCCCGUCUACAGGCAGAAACAAACAGUCUUCACUGCUCUGCUGUGGCGAUGCUGUCCAGGACACAGCGGACCAAACUGUGAGGGCACAGUGACCAACAAUCAGCUGGAUCCUGGAAGACCUGUUUUGACUGCAGGAUCCAAACCAGGAAGAGCACACCUUCAGCAUCCAGGUGUCCAGGUGGAGCUCCAACAGCAGCGUGGAGACCUGGAGCGGGAACAGAGUGACCACCAGGGGUCAAUCAACCCACCCCACAGCCCAGACACAGGCCACGCCUACCGCUCCCACCACACCCCACAUGAUGCUGCAAACCAGGAUGACCACGAGCAGCUGGAGCCCCCCCUUCCUGGUGAUCUGGACUCAGAGGCCACCUUUCAUUACCCAGAAGCCCCUGCUGUCUUACCCGUGCCCCACAUGAUGGCGCUGCUCAUGUCGCAGCUGCAGCCGGUCCUGCAGGGAUUCAACCGUAGCCUGGAGCAGCUGAGCCGCCGGCUCGCCGAACUGGGCCGUGACGUGGACGGGCUGCGGCGCGCCCAGCCCAACGAGGGCGCAGAGGAGCGUUUGGACUCCAAACUGAACGGGAUUCUGCAGAACAUGGAGGUGGUCCAGAGACAGCUGAGCCACCAGCGAACCCACCUGGAGGAGCGGCUGCACUCCCAGCAUGCAAUGCUGCACUACAACCUGACCAGCUUCAAGGCGGACGUGGACCUGAAGCUCAAACGGAACCAGAAGGUGCUGCAGAUCAGCUUGCAGACCAUGAACGCAACACUGGAAGAGUUGAAGCUGGACCAGGAUCUCCUCCUACCUCCAGAAACUCCUCCUCCUCUGAAGGCCACACCCUCGCAGCAGCCCACAGACACCUCGGCGCUAUGGGCAGUCAUCAACCAACUGGACAACAUGGUCGUCAACAACACUGUGAAGGUGACGGGGCUGCUGGAGACGACUUCAGGAGACAUCCAGCAGCUCAAGCUGGGCUUUAAGGAUCUGGAGGAACGGAUCGCCCAGACAGGGAGGAACACUCAGAUCCUGUUCAUGGAGACAGGGUUGGAGGUGGAGGAGGCAAAGGUGAAGGUCCUGACACAGGUCAGCGAGCUGGCAGGGAAUCUGAGCCAGCAGGGUCAGCGGCUGCAGGAGACGGAGGAAGACGUGGACUAUCUGUACACAGCCUUCUAUAAGCAGUCAAAUAUAUCCAGAGACUGCGACUGCAAGGACCUGGCAGCUACCGUGGGCCGUGUGGAAAGGGGCCUGGCCAAUGUGACGGUGCUGGCUUACGAAAACCGCUUAGCCCUGGAUGAAAACAAGGAGGGAGUGGAGACCUGGGGUGGGAUCAGCGACUGGGAACCAGUAGUGGAGGCUUUACAACGUGACCUUCAACAGGUGAAGGAGUCUCUGGCCUUUGAGCAGAGCCAGACCAGGACUUUGCACUUGAACGUGACCCAGCUGAGGAACUCAGUGGUUACUGACCUGUCCAGCAUGCAGAAGACUGACAGGAAGCUGGAAGGGGAGAUAGGAUAUCUCAAUGCUUCCUUUGCCUCUUUGCUGAAAGAUGCCAUCCGACACAGCGAAGUGCUGAAGCUGCUGCUGGGGGAGGAAGUUCUGGAGUUCCUGGAUUGGCCAGAGUCAGAGCAGGAGGCUAACUCCAUCCCAGUACUGAAAGAGCACCUGAGGAACCUGGAGGAGCAGCUGAGUGGACACAACUUGAUUAUCACAUCAGUGCUGGGCAAUGGACCAGGGGACAGAGAGGAGGCUCCUUCUUCAGACCAGCCGUCGACCACUUCCUCCUCCUCUCAGGUCCUGCCUGAUGACUGGCCACCUGGUGGCAUGAGGACGACCAGGGGAGGCUCAAUCAGCGCGCGCCAGGAGCUUCUGCACCCUGAGGGGACUCUUCAGGAUUUUCAAGGAGACAGCAGUGAUCUAUGGAACCUGGAGAAAGUAGUGGAUGGCCUCAAAGUGACAGUGCGGCUUGAGGAAAAGCCAUGUACAACCACGUGCAACAGCAGCUCCUUUGAGCAGGAGGUGCAGCAUGAUGACAGGAAAGCCAACCUGCAGGAGGAGCUAACAUGGCUGAAGAGGGGCCUUGAGGACCACCUGAGGCUCUUCAAAAACACCUUCAGCAACGCGGACGUCCUGGCAAGAUCAGACGCCACACUAGACCUGGAGAAGCUGUGGCAGCUGGUGAAGACCAAAGAGCCGCGAGACGGCAGAGGAGGUGGGAAGGCAGGACCGGGCAGGGGAGGAAACCGUCGGAGCAGGUCUUCACCAGGUUCUGCACCUGUUUUGUCCAGCCAGUUGAUUGCUCUGCUCUUCGUGAUGACUUCUCCUCGGCGUGACCAGCAGAGCGACAUCAUUGUGUUUGAAGAAUCUCUGGACCACAACCAGUUCUACUCGGACAUCGGAACCUUCACCGCUCCUGUGGACGGGACAUACCUGUUUGUCCUCACAAUGGGCUUGACACCUGGCCCAUCCCACAUUUACCUGAGGAGGUCAAAUGGUACUAUGCUCUCCCUCCACCAGCACGUGGUGACAGAGGCGGGGCCUAUCACUGCCAUUAGCUUCCUGUUGCUUCGGUCAGGUGAGAGAGUGUGGCUGGAACUGAGGGGAGGGGCAUGGGUGGAGUCAGAGGACAACUUGUUUGCCGGGCUGCUCCUGAACCCGACCACUUGAGGGCGCAGUGGAGACAAGACUGCUUAGAACUUCCUGGCACAAAGGGGCCAAGUUACCAUGGUAACCAUUUGAAAUGCUAGAAUGUUUGCUGAAAUCCUAUUGGUGGAUGUUUCAUGCCCAAUCACCUCAGGACCAAUCAAUUAAACCCUGAACACCUCAAACCUCCAGUCCACUGAAAAAAGUGUAGAAGAGUUUAAACUGAAGCGAUUAUAUGAUGCACCUAUUAUUAAACAUCCUCAAAACAAAUUCUGUCCCCAAAAAUCUAAGUUUGUAUUCAUUCAGUUUUAUAUACAGUAGUGUUCAGAAUAAUAGUGGUGCUAUGUGACUAAAAAGAUUAAUCCAGGUUUUGAGUAUAUUUCUUAUUGUUACAUGGGAAACAAGGUACCAGU